AUGUCUGUUAUUACAGGUCAAAUAAAUAUCGAUAACAACUUUUCAAAAGUCGCUGAUGUCAAACUAAAGUUUGUAAUCUUCAGCGACAAUGAUAACUUCUCGUGCGACAAGCUUUUCUUUUGGGACAUACUUCCAUCAAUUAAUACCAAUACCUCCUUUUCGGUCAAAGUUCCUCUCAUAGCAAGAGAACGUCUUGCUGACGUUAACGCGAUUAAGGUCUCCGUCGAGUUGGAGACGCGUGUACGUCCUACCUUUAACAACAACCUCACGGAUCUCUUGGAGUAUCAAAUUUAUAAAGCCAAGUUUAACGAGACCAUCAUUCUUCCUUUUAAGGAUAGCUCCCUCAAAAUAAUAAUAAGUAGUGGAGAUUUUAUUUUGAACGCCUCAGAUAUUGAACAAUUUGUCGCGAAGCUGAUUCUGGUUCAUACUCACUUGUCGACGUUCAAUGAAAAGAGAAAUGUUGCACAUGGUGGAUGUCCCGUUAAUCAAUUUUCGGUAAUGACGAAAAAUAUUAAAGACGGAAAAUGGUUCUUUCGAUUUGUUCACGGCCUGAACUCGGAACCUAUUCCCGUUAAUAAGGAUGACUUGGAGAUAUUUGAUGAUCAUUUUGGCAAGAAAUUGGUCGAAUUGUGGAAUGGCAAUUUACCCAUUGAAAAAAUUUUUACCUUACGUCAACUUCUGAAUAUAACUCUUUCAGAUACAAAACAAAAAUCGUUUGUGGUCGCCGAUGGAGCACAUAUUUCCUGGUCACAAGCAACUAAAGAUAUUAAUCGACAAUUACGUUUCUUAAUCACUUGUCAAACUAACAAAGAUCAAAAACAACCAAUCGACUUAAUCUUUGUCGUUUCUUCACCGGUUUUGGAUUCUGAUGAAUUAUUUUUGCAAGUGGCAGCUUGGAGUAACACUCAUCGCGCCUUUAACUUUUAUCAACGAAACAACAAAAAUGAAUGGUGGUGGCUUGGAAAUUCGUGGCAUGCGCUCAAAGAUCCGACUCGCGGCAAGGGACCCUUUGAUGGGCACGUCAAUGUUGAACUUGAGCAUAUCGUCAAAGAUGCCGUUUCGGAAUGGAAUACUAUUCGAUUGGAUAACGCUACGGAUCAAACUUCCCUUAAUGUUAAUAAUGUCACAGAGUUUAUGAGACAGGUUAUUGACAAUACCACAUACAAUAUAAUCGCAAUUGACAAAGAGUAUUCCACUAUCAUGUCACAAGAUAUUUUGAUCAUUCCCUCGUCAUUUUUCAUAAACAUCGACAUGAUUAACCAACUUUCUGAUUAUAUAGACCCUGAUCUUUCACCAAUCAAAGUUAAUGCGGAUAUGUAUUUGAACAGCAUAAAAAAGUAUCAAGUGUGUUUAAAGGAUGAUGAUAAAGUCAUUGAACAGGGUGAUGGUAUGUUUGCAUUCCCCGUUCCAGAACCUGCUUUUGAAGACACUUCUCUGCUUUCGACGCUUCUUAACAGAAGAAUAAUGAACAAGGUUGAGGUGCCCGCAUUGCUGAGCCCCAAAUUUAUUCUAUGCCUGUUGAUGACCGAUUUUUGUAACCCGUUAGACUCAAAGUGUCGAUUUAGGUUGAUGAAAUACAUUCCUGAUACUGCACAUUACAACAACAACACAAAAAGUUAUGAUCUCGUUGAAAAUAUCGUGAAAAAUAUUAAAAGUGGUGCUAUCAAGUCCUCAAAAGAUUGCGUUGAAACUGUUUUCCUUUUUUAUUGGAAUCUAACGGAUGAAGCUUUGAAGAAAAAUUGUAAAGAGAUUAUUGAACAGUAUUUUGCUAACUUGCAGAUGAAUUUGCAAAAACAAGAUGGCGUUGAUGAUCUUAUUCAGCUUGCUAAUUCACGCAGACGCAUGUUUCGUCGCAAGCCUUUAAGCGAAUUUGACUUAACCUUUCCAACAUAUAACAAUAUUGCCAGUGAUGCGCUAUCAUUAGAAAUGACUCCCCAAGGAACGGUUCGCCUUACUCUGAACUAUACUCUCUCAGAUUUAGGCAAGUUUUCGAUUACAUCCAAGAAUUCAUACAUUCUAGAUAGGUUCGAUCCACCCGCUUAUCUCAACGAUAUGAAUCCCGAUCUACAACAAGAGUGGAGCGAACGAGUGAAAACGUGGACUCAAAACGCCAUCAAAGGUUAUCCAGACGACUAUACCUUUGACGGUUUACGCUUGCAAUACUUCGACCCCACAUCAACUUUCACAUCCGAAGAUGCAGCAGAAGUUGAUAUUGUUUGGACUGCAUUCCCGAAUCAAGUUAAAAAGAAUUCUGUCACAGACAAGAAACGCUGGGAAACUGCGGAUUCAUCACGUGAUGUUCAAGAUGAAUAUUGUGAAUGGAGUGUUUUGAGGGAUCCUAAAACUGGAAAAAUCACAAGGGUUACAUUCACAUGCGAAGGACCCGAAUAUUGGAACUUAAUCGCUGAAAAAGAUCCUGACAAGUUGUUGGAAAUGUAUAAGACAAUUAUCGGUCCAGCCGUAAAAAAGGAGGAUCUUUUUGGUUCAAAUAAGAAAUAUAACCAAAAAAACAAAUGGAAUAACAAUACUAAUACUGGCAACAUCGUUCAUUUAAUCCAACAGAACAACACGCUUGAGGCAGAAAUUGAGCUCGGUGGUGGUUCUAGUGUUGUUCGCGUUAUUAACGGACGUGUCUUGACUUCGGAGCAAGAACUCAUCAAGUGUGGCAGUUACGGAAGCGCUGACAGGUUUUCUGAUCCACAUAUUGGAGCCACAGUAAACGGGUUCGCCCGUCAAGCUGCAGAUGUGACUAUCCGCAACCCCGUCGCGAUUUAUUUAAACGUUCUCGACACUUCCGCAUUCGAUACACCCGACAAAUCAGAUCCAGAUCAAUACUGGAAAUUUGUCCGUGGUAGUGAUACUCAUAAACUCUACGUUCGUGCAAUAUAUGAGGUUCCUGCCGCAAAAGGAUUUACCGUUGGAGAUAUCAAGAUCGGUGGAAAAUUGAUCAAAUACGGUGCGCAGAUCGCUGAUUUCCUAACAAUUCGCAUUCCGGCCGUAGCAUGCCGAUUUGGCCAAAGAACUGUCCCAGCCCUCACAGGUUGCCGUAAGCCGAAGGCUAAAAGUUCAUUGAUAGCCGAAAAAUCGCGAGAUUUUUUGAAUAGGAGUAACUUAGUAAUGUUAAAUAUUGAUGAUAAGUUAUAA